AUGAUGAACUACAAUAAUCUGAUAUCGAAUGGUCAAACUGCAGGAAAUCAAAGCGCCAUGGAUCAGAUUCAAGGCUUGUUUGAAUCGUUGUCACUUUCAAAUUCAUCUCAAGGUCCGAGACUCCGCGCUGAAGACAAUACCUCAGUAAUAAGACAAGGUGUUCUAAGCGAAUUGCCAGCGCUUACGUCGGAAUACAAACGCAUCAUUGAAAUUGCAAACAUCCUUGGAAGUUUGAAACACGACGAAAUUGCUGUAAUUCGCACGAAAUCAGCUGAACAUCCACCUCCUGAAAGUAUGGAGCAGCUGAUGGCGCAAAUGGAAAUGGUGGUUGGCGUCGUUGAGAAAAUGAGAGCGGAAAAAAGACAGGAGCAUUGA